UUGGUUAACUGUUGUUAGUGUACGAGCAGCACCGCAGUUAGCACGCCUGAAAUCACUUGCCAGACUCAUCUCAACCUGAGCAGGUGAACUGGACCUAAAUAAUCCUCAGACCCACUGUAAACAAGGACCUUCAGUGCCACAGCAGUGACCAAACAGAGCUCGCGAACACCAGAUUCUCUGCUAUGUCUGUCAAACUGGAGGAUGUCCUGAAAGAUGAAAACCUGGUCAAAAAUAUACAAGAGAUUGCAAAAGACACAGCACUUUUACAUGGGGUGUUGAUGCGGACCAAAGAAACACCAAACUCUUCUGAUGUGGUGAGUUAUGCGCCGUUCACGUUGUUUCCCACACCGGUGCCAACAGCACUCUUUCAUCAGGCACUGGCAGUACAGACACAUUUUAACCGGUUGGUGGACCGGGUGAGUCAGGACCCCACCUUUCUAGAAGAAACUCUGGCCAGCACUAUCAAAGUUGACGAUUUUACAGCCAGACUUUUCAGCAUAUACAAACAAGUUCAACAGGAACAUCCACACCAGUCAAUAGUGCUGGGCCUGAAUCGUUCCGAUUACAUGUUGGACCACAGACCAGACGGUGGGACUUCUCUAAAGCAGAUUGAAAUCAACACUAUUGCCGCGAGUUUUGGCGGUCUUGCUUCACGGACACCAGAUGUCCAUCGACACAUUCUGAAGGUCGCAAACCUGCCAGAGGAGUGUAAUCGUGUUCUCGACAACAACCCAGCAGCAGGUCUGGCGAGAGGUUUGGCCAAGGCCUGGGAGCUCUAUGGAUCUGAGAGGGCAGUGGUAAUGUUUCUGGUUGAGGAUGUUCAGAGGAAUAUUUAUGACCAUCGAUACGUCGAGAAUGAGCUGUGGAAAAGAAAUAUCCCUGUAAUAAGAAGACAGUUUGAAGAUGUUUGCAGAACCGGAUCUCUGGAUCAGAGCAAGAGGCUCUUUGUAGAUGGCCGUGAGAUUGCCAUUGUUUACUUCCGUAACGGAUACAUGCCCCAAAACUAUACCUCAGAGAAGAGCUGGGAGGCCCGUCUGAUGAUGGAGCGCUCUCUGGCGGUGAAGUGUCCCGACAUCAGUACCCAUCUCGCUGGAACUAAAAAGGUGCAGCAGGAACUGGCCCGGCCGGGGGUUCUGGAGCGCUUCUUCUCUGAUGAACCUGAAGCAGUUGCUCAGAUUCGGGCCACUUUCGCUGGGCUGUACACCCUGGACAUGGGAGAAGAAGGUGAUAAAACCGUAGCAAUGGCUUUGGCCAAUCCAGAUCAGUAUGUGCUGAAACCUCAGAGGGAGGGAGGAGGCAACAACAUUUACGGCAAUGAGAUCUGUGAGGUGCUGGAGAACCUGAAGAACUCCAGUGAGAGGACGGCCUACAUCCUGAUGGACAAGAUCCAGCCCGUCCCGGUCCAGAACUACCUGCUCAGGCCCGGAGCUCCUCUGAGACUGAACUCCUGUCUGAGUGAACUGGGCGUGUUUGGAGCGUAUGUCAGGAAAGGCAAAGACAUGGUGUUUAAUGAAUGUGUGGGCCACCUGCUGAGGACCAAGAGCUCUGAGCAUGCUGAUGGGGGUGUGGCUGCAGGAGUAGCAGUGCUGGACAAUCCCACUGCUGGUCUGAACUACAGCGCCACCUAAUGGACUGGAGGAGAAUGACAUCCUACUUACACCAGGGAAUUUAACCCGUAUGAUUCCUUUUCCGCCAAGAUUUAGUGAUGAAUAUUCCCUAAAGAUGCAGUAAUGUAAUCGGUGGGGAACAUCUAUGACUGAACUGCUGAUUUCGUGUACAUGUUUAAUACCUCAUUCAAGGGUUAAUCUGUUGGAGUGUGAGUAGUCAUUAAUGUUUUAUAAAAGUGAUUUUUUUUAAAAUGUUUCUUUUUUAAGUUACAUAAAAUGUUAACUGAUUUUAUUAAAAUAAUAAUAAGAAAUA